CUCCCAAGUUACUCAAUCCCCACUUCCAAGUUUAGAUAUAUAUUCCCUUCAAAACCCUAACGAACGAAGUAAAUCUCAAUAUCUAAUACUUCACUAAAAUCCCACCAUCAUGAGAACAUGUCCUUUGUUGCUAUACUUCUUUCUUAUUUUCGUGGUUCGGGUCAAAUCCGACCCUGAUCCACUUCAAGACUAUUGCAUAGCUGAAACACGAAAUCCACAAACUGUUUUUCUCAACGGGGCUCCAUGCAUAAACCCUAUUAACGCUGCACCUUCUCAUUUCACAACUUCUGCGUUAUCCAAACCUGGUAACACUGCAGCAAAUCCUUUAGGGUUUAAUGUCACUCUAACAAAUAUUCGAAAUCUUCCUGGAAUGAACACUCUUGGGUUAACAAUGGCUCGAGUUGAUAUAGCUGGAAAUGGGCUUGUUCCACCUCACACACAUCCACGUGCUUCCGAAGUAACUAUUCUUAUUAAGGGCUCGCUUCUAGUGGGAUUUGUUGACACCACAAAUCGUCUUUUUACACAACAGUUACGUGAGGGUGAUUCGUUUGUUUUUCCAAAAGGUUUAAUACAUUUCUUGUAUAACCUUGAUUCAAAAGCUUCAGCGUUAACCAUAUCAGGACUUAGUAGCCAAAACCCCGGUGCACAACUUGCAUCGUCUGCUACAUUUACAACGAAACCGAGCAUCCCUGAUGACAUUUUGAAGAAGGCGUUUCAGAUUAAUGGCCAAGAUGUGUCCAGGAUACGUAAAAAUUUAGGUGGUUAAUGUAAUUCUUAAACAUUUCACCGUUUAUAUUUGUGUUUGAAAGAAAUAUAUUUACAUCUCAUAGAAAGCAAGGAAAAAUAGUAAUCGCUAUUAAUAAUAAAAAUACAAAUAUGUUAAUUGUUCA